AUGAUUACGCUAGCCCCACAGGAAUUGAUUGAUAAAUGUCCAACUCAAGUACUAGAUAAGAUUCAAGAUUAUGAGCGAGCCCUAAUUGAAAAGCUGUCGUCUGAUAACGACAAUCUACAACUUCAACCACCACCAACCAUGACGCAACUAAUCAGCUCGACCCUAAAUACACCUCUACCUAAUCAAAACCAACACGAGCUUCUACCCAAAAGCAUCAGUAUCAAUAUCGACGAUGUGAUACUUGAUGAAGAAAACUUGCCCCAAAUCCACGACACCAACACCAUUACCACUGCCCAUUACAAUCUCGAUGAAGAACUGGAUUUAAACACUACAAACACCAAUCCACAAGUGUUGGAGUACUUAAAGUUUAAGAAGGAUCAUCAGUUGAAGUUUUUGAAAGAGAUAAAGACAAAAGGAUUGGUGUUGAAGGGGAGUAAUUAUGGUGUUGAUAAAUCGCAAACCAACAAGUUUAUGAACUAUUAA